UGUAGCCUACUGUUGAGAUAUUGUGAAACUACAGACAACAUGUUUUGGUUGUCUCUCGGUGGCGUGCGUGCGGAAUAUGAGCGUGAUGGUCAGGUUUGAGACGGACGACCCAAAUAAUCCGUGAGACAGAUGCGACAUACUGGCGGAAACAACGCUAUGGAGAAUGUUGUUCAGAGUGAAUAUGACACUAGGCUAACACCUGUGGACGUCUGACAGGGCUGGACACGGAAACUGAAUCCGCGGUAGUCCUCUGCAUUCGCAGGUGUGUUCACCUGCCGCCUUGGCACUUCGCAGGAUGCACCGCGAACGGAAUACACCGCCUGGAUGUCCAUAGACGAGUUCGAAACUUCAUCAUUGUCCAGUCAGAAUGUCGGUUAGUCACGGGUCAGAAAGGACUGGUGCGUUGUGAAACACUGUUGGUUAUGAGAAGCUGUAGCCACUCGGCCAAUUGGCAGGUCCCCAGAUGUGUGUGGAGGUUGCUUUCUGGUGGGCGGUGGGCUGGAGAGGCCUCAUCCUGUGGGCAGUGGGGCUAGUGUCGGUGGCCGACUCCCUGUGGCCCUGUCCCCAGCGCUGUGAGUGCUACUCCGAGGUGCUGAUGGUCAACUGCUCGUGGCGCCACCUAGCGUCCGUGCCCGAGGGAAUAUCCGGAGACUCGCAGCGGCUCGACCUCUCGCACAACCGCCUCAAGGCCCUCGGCCGCCGGCAGUUCUCGGGGCUCGGGCAGCUGCGGGAGCUGGACCUGAGCGACAACAUCCUGACCAUGAUCGAGGUGGAGGCCUUCCUGGGGCUCCAGAACCUGCUCACGCUGCGGAUGUUCCGCAACCGGCUGAAGAUCAUCACCGUGGGGGUCUUCUCCGGGCUGCCCAGCCUGCGGCUGCUGGACAUCAGCGAGAACGAGAUCCUCGUCUUCCUGGACUACACCUUCCGCGAGCUGGCACACCUGCAGCGGAUGGAGGCCAGCGAGAACGACCUGGUCUUCAUCUCCCAGCGCGCCUUCGUCGGGCUGGCCAACCUCCAGGAGCUCAACAUCGACCGCUGCAACCUGACCGCCAUCCCCACGGACGCCCUCUCGCAGCUGAUUGGCCUGGUCAGACUGCGGCUCAAGCGCCUGGUCAUCACUUCCUUGCCCAACAACUCUUUCCGUCGCCUGGGGCGCCUAAGGGAACUCGAGGUGUCCCACUGCCCCUGGUUGGAGUCCUUGGCAGGGAAUAGCCUUUUUGGCCUGAACCUGACCUCUCUAACAUUGAGUCACUGUAAUCUAAGUACAUUUCCUUACGCCGCCCUCCAUCACCUGGUCUACCUUCGCUACCUAGACCUUUCGUAUAACCCCAUUACCUCCAUUCAAGGUAAACUUCUGGGCGACCUGUUGAGGCUGCAGGAGCUGCACCUGGUUGGGGGCAGUCUGCUUCAGGUCGAGCUGCAGGCUUUCCAUGGCCUCGCUUACCUCCGCCUCCUAAACGUCUCGUCCAAUCAGCUUGUGACCCUCGAGGAAGGGGCCUUCCAUUCGGUGGGCAACCUCGAGGUCUUGAGGCUGGACGAGAACCCGUUGGCGUGCGACUGCCGCCUGCUGUGGGUGAUGCGACGCCGGCUGCGCUUGGACUUCGACGCCAACCCGCCGACCUGCAACGCGCCCCUCCAGGUGCAAGGAAGGUCCUUCCAGGACUUCACGGAGUCCGAGAUGCCGGGGCUCUUCACCUGCCGUCCGCCUCGGAUCCUGAGCCGCAAGCCGCAGGAGGUGAGAGUGGAGGAGGGACACACGGUGCCGUUGCUCUGCAAGGCGGACGGAGACCCCGUCCCCUCCAUCUCCUGGCUCAGCCCCAAACACACCAAGCUCUCCCCGACGGGUCGGAUACGCAUCCUCCCCGACGGCUCUCUGGAGGUGCGCUACGCCCAGGUGCACGACAGCGGCACUUACCUGUGCGUGGCGUCGAACGCGGCCGGAAACGACACCUUUCCCGUGAGCUUGCGUGUCCGUGGCUUCCCGUCCUCCGGGCGCAACCGCUCCGCCUCCUACUUCCUGGACGGGUGGAGCCUGGUGACGGCGCCGAACGCCGUCAACGGCUCGUCGCAGCAGACGAAACCGUACCCGUUUGACGCCAAGACGCUGGUGAUCGCCGUGACCAUGGGCUUCCUGUCGUUUCUCAGCUCCGUGGCCAUCUGCUUCGUGUUCAUGUUAUUCUGGAGUCAGAGCAAAGGCCAGAUCAAGCACACGGCCACCAUCGACUUCGUGCCGCGCUCGUCGGGAGGCGGCGGUGGCGGUGGAGGUGCCGAACCCAGCAAGUUCACCAUGAAGCUCAUCUGAGGGGACGAUUCGGAUGCUGGUUCUGCACCGGACGUGUCUGACAAGACGGGAAACGGGACGAAAAACAUCCCAGUUGGUUCUUUUGGAGAGGAAGAUAAAUAUGAUCAGACAUCGAUCAGAAACAUCUGGCCAUCUGGCAAUUGGUUGGCCUGGGUUUGAUACCUGAACCCGCCGCUGCGAAUCCAUGUUGCUUUGGAUAAAAGCGUCAUGCUAAAUACCUGUCACCUUUACCUUUAAAAAGGGAUAGUGUGUGUGUGUGUGUGUGUGUGUGUGUGUGUGUGUGUGUGUGUGGCAUUGAACUGGCCAGUGGUUUCCAUACUGCAUCCACAGACCACAGGAGACAGUAACAUUCAUUCAUAGCACUGGUUAUGAGCUUAAGAGUCCAUAUAGUGCAUGAUCAUGAAUUAAGCUGGGCCUCUACAUAUGCCCACCCUGCUCUCCAAAUGAGUUAAAGGCUCAGAUCUGAGUGAGAAAAAAAAAAAAAAAAAAAAACUCUAUCCGAGUUGUUCGGAAAACCCCUGAUAUAUCUCUGAUCACGGGGAGGAUAAUAAAUGCCUUGGCGAUCACGUGACCCGGGUAGUCUGAGAUCCCAUUGGAGGACAACUGUGCCACAGUCGGAGAGCUCGAUGGGGUUUAGCGUCUGUUUGUUUUUGCCCAGUGCAGUUUUUUUAUUAUGACAGACAUGCUCUUCCACAGCCGCUGGGCGAUGAGAUUAAAGAUUGGAUUUAGACCCCGAGACUUUUAUGUAUGGAAUCGCCGCUCAUCCCGAAACAGGACUGGGAAGUGUCAUUCACGUUUUAUUUGAAUGAAGUCACGUGUACAUGGUUUGUUGUGACAAAAAUAGUCUGGACAGGAAGAAAAAAAACAACAGUUCUCUUUUUCAAAUCACGUGGAGGGGAAUUGAGAAGCACCAGAUUCUUGAGCUUGUUGACAGACAGCUGCAGCAAUACAAAUAAACACUGUGUUCAUUGAGAUUGUAUUGUUCACUGAUUGUCCAGUGAUAUACUUAGACCUUAUGUCUUCCAGAACAACACUUUCAUCUGGAUGAAAAUGGUUGUCUUUCUCUAAACACAGAACAUUUCAUUUGGUUCAGCUGAUGAUGUGUGAUCAGUAAAUACACUGGGUAAUUCUGCAACAUAUUACUCUAACCGGGCAAGUUCAUGGUUCCUUCAAAAACUGGAGCUGAACUAAAAUAUAUAUAUUUAAUGCAUGCUUUUGAUCAAGUUCCCUUUCACUUCUAGUUAAACACCAACAUCACACAACCAUUAGCCAUUAACCAUAAGACUUUAUCAUUAGCCCUGGCAUGCCUAUAUACUGAACACUAUCACGAAACCUAUCCACAUGUUUGAAAGAUCCAUCAUCAUGCAAAAUAUCAACAAAUGAAAGGAGACAUAGAAUGAAAACCAUAUUUGUCUUGGUUUUGAGAGGUUGGGCAUAACCAAAGAGCUAUCAUGAACAUGAGGCAUGGUUGUGCCCUCCUUCAUAUGAAAAUCUUGAACUUAGAAAUAGCCAGUAAAAAAAAUGGGCGAAUUAGAACAAAGCCUACUUGUGAUGUCAAAUAUCGCGAAGCCAUUGAAGUUCAAUUGUGCUUGCCAAAGAGGGCAUCAUUUAGUCAAAAGGACCAUUACAAUGCCCAGCCUAAAUAUAAGGUUUUAAUUGGCCUUGUAAAAUUGCAAUUGAGUUUAUUUUUUAUGAAUCAAAGUUGAAUAUAUACUAUACUAUUUUAACAUCAGAGAACACAGCACAAUACUUAAUCCAUCCAUUCUAUGUCCUCUUUAAUGUAAAGCCCUAGAGGUUUUAAGAGUCGGCUCUCUGUGGGCUAUGACAAAUUACCCGAGGCUAAAUCAACCUUGCUACUCUGUGAGGAGAUGUUCUCUUAAAUCGGCCCUUUUGCCCCCGUCGGUGGCGAUCUCAUUUUGCUAAACAAAUCCUGCAACCUCCACUGUCCUUUAUCCUUAGACUGGACUGGCAUUCUGAUAGUGCUGGAAAGAUUUAAUCAAAGGUUUUCAAAAAGCCUCUAUCGUCAGCAUUCUGGGAAAUUGUAGUGUGUGUGUGUGUGUGUGUGUGUGUGUGUGUGUGUGUGUGUGUGUGUGUGUGUGUGUGAAAGCCAGACUGAGAGAGGCUGAUUGUCACCAGCUGCCUACCUGCAGUCCUGAGAGUAUAGGUAUUUCUGUUUGCCAGAGCAUAUGAUAUUGCAGAGAGAAAAAUAGACCUGAUCUGAUGAUAUGUGAUAUUAUCCCACAAAACAAUAGACUCGUAUCACACAAGUACCAGCCACAAUAAACCUUAAAUAUAAGUAAGCGUAGCAGUGUCCGGUGAUACAGUUUUACAUAGCUUGUUUUCUCUGACAUUGAAAUCCGUGGAAUCACAACUCAUGAAAUUAGUCAUUAAUAGGAUGCAAGAAAGGGACGCAAAUAAAUACUUCAUGUCAUCAUGUCCUCCAUUAUUGGUAAAAUGCAGGGACAGAUCAUGGUUAAUGUACAAUUACCCUUGUAACCUACGUUUUUCUUUAAGAGCAACUGACUGUUGACUUUAAGUCAACAAGCAGAUGACUGCCAUCCAUAUAUAAAAUACACAGAUAUACUGGCAACUGCCUGGCUUGCAAUGGCAUUCAACAAAAAACAUUCUGUUUUAUUUUCUGACAAGAACUUUUACGCGUUCUGAUUGCAAAUGGAAGUCCCUAUGCAACUGCAUGUUAGCGAUGUUACUGAAUGAGUGAAGAAUGCAUCACUGCACAAUUACUGCUUGCUUGAUACAGAACGAUUCCCCUAUGUUUCAUAACAUCUGACACCGAAAUAAAAUCCCUCAUGAAUGGAGGCUCUAUGAAAACUAUUAUGUUAUGAAACAAAAUUCAUACAGUGGUUUGUUUUCUAAUGGGAAACAAUACUAAUUUGAUUUACUGUUUUAAAUUAUUCAAAAAGAGUAAUACAUGCAUAAUAGCUGUUGUGUUAUUAAUGUUCUGUAUGAAUCCUAAUUUAUUGUUGACUCUUUUUUUAAUACUUCUUUUUCUAAAUUAUGAUGAUAAAUAAAGAAAUGAAGUUCAUUCAAUACUGGGAGUAGUGCCAGUCAUCUCUGUGAUCACAUGGACAGGUUAAAGGCAGAAUGUUAUUUGGUUGUGUUCUUC